CGCCACUUUUGCUGCUCUGUCGCCCAAGCCUACCUGGGUCUUGUCUCGUGAGCUCUCCCUCUCGCGCUGCCUCCUGCAGAGUCGCUGGUGGUGCUGAAACGAGGAAUCCCCUCGCCUGUGGCUCCGUCUCGAGGCUGAGAGAGAGAGACGGGAGCUGUCCCUCGCCGCUGAACUCCCGCGCAAGGCAGGCGACCAAACCGGAGACGAGGCAAGCUUUGCUGCGGCGCUGGGCGAGGAAAGAGAGACGGGCAUUCCGUUCACCGGCUGCGCUGAGAGAAGCAGCAGCAGCAGCAGCUGCGCUGGACGGCGCCUCUCGCUCCAGGAGGCUCCUCUGAGAGGAGCGAAGGCGCAGAGGCGCGUGAGGGAAGAAGAAGAAGGGAAUUACUAGAAAGGGGAGGGAGAGCGGAAAGGAAGGUGCGGGGUAGGAAUAAAAGAAGGGAAGAGGGUGAUGAAAAAGUAGAGCGGAUAAGAAAAGCCGAAGGUCUUCGUGGGCAACCGGGAGGCUCCGGUGGGCGCUUGCGGGUGCGGAGAAGCAGCAGGAGCGCUUCCCGCGCCAAAAGGGCACGUGCUGAGAGCGAGCGAGUGAGCGCGCGAACUGCGGGGGCGCCUGGGGAAGUGGAAGCGCACGCCUGCCCAGCAUCUUCCGCGCUGAGGGACAGAGAGAGAGAGUUGCGCCGAAGAGUUGCGCCGUCCUUCUUCUCCGUGGGCGCUUCCCUCCUGUUUGUCAGCGCCGGCAUUCCGGGCGUCAUGAGCGGCUGCCAAGCCGUCGGGGGCUUCGGCACGUGGGACUACGUGGUCUUCGGGGCCAUGCUGCUCAUCUCGGCGGCCAUCGGCGUGUACUACGCCUUCGCGGGCGGCGGGCAGAAGAGCUCGCAGGAGUUCCUGAUGGGGGGCCGCAGCAUGUCGGCCUUGCCGGUGGCGCUGUCGCUGACGGCCAGCUUCAUGUCGGCCGUGACGGUGCUGGGCACCCCGUCGGAGGUGUACCGCUUCGGGGCCAGGUUCAGCGUCUUCGCCAUCACCUACGCGCUGGUGGUCAUCCUGAGCGCCGAGGUCUUCGUGCCCGUCUUCUACCGCCUGGGCAUCACCAGCACCUACGAGGUAGGAGGAGGGGACUCCCGCUAACUUUCUCUGGCGCAGUUGGUGAACCUCCCGAGGUUGCUUUCGGGGUUAAUAGAGUUCCUUCGCAGUCAGGACCUCCGAUUCUGCUCUUUGGAUCAUCCAUUAUAUUUUAAUAUCGUAUUUACAACCUGCACGCAGAAACAAAUCAAGGCAGCAUGCAACAAAUGCAUAUAAAAUCAGCAAAGGACAUCCAUGAAAACAUCAAUAAAUUCUAAAUGGUUAAAAAUAGUAAAUUUACAUUUUGUUUCCACAUUGUAGUAUAUAUAUAUAUAUAUAUAUAUACUCACACAAUGGGGACAAAGCACAACAAACGCAUAAGGACUUUACGUCUUGUAGCCCCAUUUGGAAAACAUUAGCUUUAAAGAGUCUUCAUGUAGAAAGCAGCCAAAGGAAAAAGCAAUGAAAAUCCCAAAACAAUAUUUGUAGAUCUGUUUGCUCAGCUCUUGUGGUAAACUAGUGAAAUCCAAGUGCCUGGUUUAGGAAUUAGGCUGCACAUGUAGGUACAUGUUCGUGCAAACAUUUGCCAAUGUACAAAUCUUACUGCAGUCAACUAAAGACAACCAGCCCAUGCCCUGCCACCACCACCACUCUCAAACCUCUCUCACUCAGGUAAUGGGAGUUAGGAGCAAAACCCACUGUAAAACAGUGCUCCUAUAUCUGAGACCAUUUCCAGUUUUAGGUGAUGAUUUCUUGGCCCCAUAGCAGCUUGAUCAUUUUUGCUAUGGGGCUCAUUUUUGUCCUCUAGGUUAUAUGAAGCCAUUUGGAGAUGUCAUUAUGAGAUUUGGAGUGAAUUGUCAUCAGUAUGCUGAUGGUACACAAUUCUGUUUCUCUGUAACAUCUGAGUCAGGAGAAGGUGUGCAGAUUCUGGAUCAGUGCCUGGAUGCAAUGGUGGGCCGGAUGAGAGACAAUAAGCUGAAGUUGAAUCCACCAUCGUCUCCUUGUCAGGGAAUUGGAGAGGUGAAAGAUUGUACCCUUAAGGAGCAGUUUUGUAGUCUGGGGAAACAACAAGCAGCAUUAGUGCCUUCCAUCAGCUUUGAGUGGCUCAGCGUAGUGGUACCUCAGGUUAAGUACUUACUUCGUUCCAGAGGUCCAUUCUUAAGCUGAAACUGUUCUUAACCUGAAGCACCACUUUAGCUAAUGGGGCCUCCUGCUGCCACCGCGCUGCCGGAGCAUGAUUUCUGUUCUCAUCCUGAAGCAAAGUUCUUAACCUGAAGCACUAUUUCUGGGUUAGCGGAGUCUGUAACCUGAAGCAUAUGUAACCUGAAGCGUAUGUAACCGGAGGUACCACUGUACAAGGAUAUAUCAAGGAGUACCACCAAGCUACACACUUGCUCCUUAAGAGAGAGAGAGUGGAACCUCAUCCAGAACAGGUAACUUAACUUAUCUUCUAGACAUGAGAACCACCCACUCAAGGAGCCUCUGUUGAGCACAGUUUAUUUGCCUUCAUCUAGCCCACUACUGCAUUCAAAUGCCAAUCCAGAGCUUUCACAGCCUCUCCCAAUUGAGCAGGUGUGGGGGACUUUUAUCCCUCCAGCUGUUGCUGAACUAUAACUCCCCUUAUCCCUGGCCAUUAGUCAUACUAUCUGUCAAGAGUCAUCCCUGCUCAUGCUUAGAUUUUUUUUUUUUUUUGUAAAAAAAGGAUGAUUUAAUUAGGACUUUCAUACCUGAGAUUCUUUGCCAACCAGCUUUUACUGAUGUCUUUCACAUUUUUAAUUUUGUUUUACUGUGUAUUUUAGGCUGUAUGCUGCCUUAUGAUAUUUUAUAUGAAAAUGUAGUCUAUUUAAAUAAAUAAAUACAAAAUAAAUAUAUAGUUGCUGUAGCAGGCAAAAGAAAAUAAGGAAAAUUGACUACGAUCUGAGCAGUCAAAUAAUAAAUGGAAAAUCAACCCCUUUCUCCUCCAGAUUAAUAUAAUCUUCUUCAAUGUGAAAUGAACUGUUCCUUGCCGACUACAUAAAAAUUGUUCAUGACCAUUUUAUGUAUUUACUUUUACAGUAUUUAGAACUUCGAUUUAAUAAAUACCUCCGCCUGUGUGGGACAGUUCUCUUCAUUAUACUUACGGUAAGGACAUUGAUUUAGAAACCUCAGAUAUUAAGAAAUGUACAAAUCAAACUAAUUGGGUGGUAUUCAAUUAAGUUUUACUUGGAGGAGUAGACCCACUGAAAUCACUGUUACUACAACUGCUUCUAAAAUUGAUUAUCUGCCCUUCACCAGUGAGUCCCAGGGCAUGUUACUACAACAACAAUGUAAAAUUCAUAAAUUAAAAACAAUUAAAACAAAUUACAGCCAUAGGAAUAGGAUGGGUCCUGAAAACAGACAUCUCAAGUAUCAAAGGCCAGGCUAAAAAGAUAGAAAGAGAUGCAACUUCAGCAUUCAAUGAAAGUGAAUAGUGAACGUUACAAACCUACCUCUGUGCCAAAGAAGUUCCACAACUUAACCUAGUCAUAUUCAUUAAUUUCAGUAGGUUUACUCUGAGUAAAACUUGUUUGAAUGCCAUCCAUUGUUAUUUAGCCUAGUGUAUAUGAAGCAUGUUUUAUCUACCGCAAAUAGUAGCUGUAAUAUACCGUAUUUUUCACCCUAUAGGACGCACCGGUCCAUAGGAUGCACCUAAUUUUUUUGGGGGGGGGGGGGGAAAUAAAGGAGAAAAAAAUUAUUUCCCCCCCAGGCGCGGGGCUGGGACGGGGGAAGCCCGAGCUUCCCCCGACCCCAGCCCCCAUAACAUGCAGCUCUCCGCAAGCUGUGGGAGCCCAGCGCCGGGCUCCUACGGCUGAAGCUAAGCCUGGGCGCGUUGCGCCUCCCCGCUGUCCCCCGAGCUUGCGGGGCUGGCGGUGGGGACAAGCAGGCUUCUCCCCGCCGCCAGCCUCCAAACGAUGUCGGGAGACAGCGGGAUGGCGCGCUGCGCCUCCCCGCUGUCCCCCGAGCUUGUGGGGCUGGCGGUAGGGCUCUCCAGGCUUCAGCGAAAGCCUGCAUUCGCCCUAUAGGACGCACACACAUUUCCCCUUCAUUUUUGGAGGGGGAAAAGUGCGUCCUAUAGGGCAAAAAAUAUGGUAAGCUUGACAUUAGAAGCUUCAGUUGUGAGAUUGUGAACAAGCUUCAAUAUAGUUAUUUAUAUUAACUACAAUGAGGUAGGAACAUACGGGGGUAAUCCUUGUGCCACUGAAAUCACUGAGAGUGUUGUAACUCAUUACAAGACAUAAAUAUUUAAGGAACUGUGAAAGGAACUCUGAACUGAACAUGCGCCCCAGUGGCACAAUGGGUCAGUGCAUCUGGCUGUUAACCAGAAGGUUGGUUGUUCAAACCCACCCAGGGGCAGGGGCGCGUAGGGUUCCAUCUCUGAGGGGGGUGACAAAAAGGCACACCGCGGGGGCUCACCCCACUGCCCCGGAGGAUUGCCCCCCCCGGGUGCAUGGCAUGGCCGCUGUUCCGGGUGCCCAUGCAGCCAGGUCUGCCACUGCCCAGGGGUAGCUGUGGGCAGGAUUCCUGCAUUGCAGGAGGUUGGAAUAGAUGACCCUGAGGGUCCCUUCCAACUCUACAAUUCUAUGCUACAGUGUGAAGUAUUCUUCUUUUAUUUAUACAGUCGUACCUUGGUUUUCAAAGAGCCUAGUUCUCAAACAUUUUGACUCCCAAAUAAUCGAAACCUGGAAGUGACUGUUCCAGUUUUCGAACAUUCUUUUGGAAGCCGAAUGUCCAGCGGGGUUUCCACAGCUUCUGAAUGGAAUCAGAAGCCACGCUUUGGUUUUCGAAUGUUUUGGAAGUCGAACGGACUUCCGGAACGGAUUCCGUUUCACUUCCAAGGUACGACUGUAUAUCGUGCACAAGGUGCCUCAGUCUGCAGACCUGGCACUUCUGCAAAUGUCACAUAAUAUUUGUUCUGCACCUGUAAGGAAUUGAUAAUUUGCAGUGGCAGCACCUAUACUCUGAAACUCCUUGCCCAUUGAUAUUAGGCAGGUACUUUUGUUGUACAGUGGAACCUUGGUUCUUGAAUGCCUUGGUACUCAAACAUUUCGGCUCCCAAACACCAAAAACCCAGAAGUAAGUGUUCCGGUUUUUGAACGUUUUUUGGAAAUCGGAUGUCCGAUGCAGCUGUUGGCAAUUGUUUCCAGGGCACCUGCACCAAUCAGAAGGUUUUCAAACGUUUUGGAAGUCGAAGGGACUUCCAGAAUAGAUUACGUUCGAGAAGUAAAGUACCACUGUACUCUGUUCAGCACUUGCUAAAAACAUUUUUGUUUGAGUUAGUCUACUCAGACAUGUAAAUUUUAAUUUGUAAUAUUAUUAUAAUAAAUUUUAAUAUAUUGCAUUGUAUUAUGUAUUAUAUUUUAAAACUGCUGGUUUUAUUCCAAUAUUAAAAGGUUUUGGUUAACUUGUUUUUAGCACCUGACUUUUUUUGGUAAUUUUAAUGUAUAUUUUAUGUAAAUUGUCUAGAGGUUUUGAUGAUUAAGUGGUAUAGGAAUGCUAUUAAAUAAGCAAACAUGGAAUAGCAUUGGUGGUAGAACAGAAGCCUGUGGGACAUUCACAGCAUGAAUGCCAUGGGGCUGAAUGGGAAUCUGCUAUCUUAUAGUGAUCCUGUAGAGAGGAAUGGAACUACUAUGGAACCCCUCUGUUACAGCACCUGCAACCCUCAAUCUCCUAGUGAUCCAGUUUCCCAAACUUCUAAGUUUGUUAACCCCCUGAACAGCUUAUUUAGCUGUCAUCAACCUAACCCAAAUUCUUAUUAAUGUACAUUGAAACAAAGUAAAAAAAUAACAAUAUCUAAUCAACAUUUACUAAUCACCCAUCACCGUUACUAGGAAUAAUAGAAUGUAAACUACAACAAAAUAAAACAAGACUAGCUCUGAAGCUUAAAAGUUCCAAAGUCUUUUAAAGAUUUCUUGAAGCUUUUAUCACUUUGCAUCUUUAGAGAAAGGAAAGUGGAGUAUUUGAGAGUGUUAAAAAUUGUUUAAAAAGUGAAACUGCUCCUGUAUGAAGGUUUUGUUUUUAGCAAUAAAAUGGGAUGAUCUUUAAAAUGUUGUGUUUGUGUCUGUAUCCUCUGUUCCAGAUAUUAUACACUGGAAUUGUCAUUUAUGCCCCAGCCUUGGCUUUAAAUCAAGGUAAGAUGAAUAAAUGAAUUUAUGGUAGCAGAGCUUAUUCUUUAAUAUCUGUUAUCAAUUAUUGUAUAAAGCAAGACCUAUUAUGAAGCCUUUGUAUAUUUCUGCUAACUUCAGCAAAGGUUUGCCAAUCUAAAAUUCCAGCAUAGAACAGCAGCUAUGCUUUGAGAAGUAACUUCUGGCUAACUUUUGCUUUCAUUACCAUCCAACAUAAUGUUGUAAAUAUUCUAGGCUUAAUGGACCCUAAAUAUUGUGGAAUAGUGGUUCGUGUGGAUUUUAAAGGGGGAAAUGCAUAAACUAUGUGGUAUAGUUACCUUCUUGAAAAAUGUACAUGGAUGGUUAAUUCAAAUUUUUAUAUUUCUUGAUUUAUUCACUGCAUUUCUAGACUAGAUCCAUCAAGAAGGGCAGUAGUCAUAUUCAAACAAUAAAAUCAAUAACAUAAUAAUAAUUAAACCAAUAAAUAUAAGCCAAACAGUUAAAACUAUAUCUAUGAAACUAUGUCAUAAAUAUAGGGGUUGCUCGUGCGUAAGUUGCCGCCACUCCUGGCUAGGUUGCCUUGUUAAACCUUUUCUGUCUGGACAGCCCUUCACUUCGUGGCUGUUUCAGUCGCUAGCAGAAUCUGUCAGUGGGCGUUUCUUAAACCUUUUCCAGCAUAAAAGCUGUUUGACUCCAAGUCUCCUCCUACUCUCCCUGCGCGGAAGUCUUCUGCGCAGGGAGGGUGUGGGUAGCGGAGGACCCGUGCUCUCCCCGCUGGUCUCCGGCGAGGAGUCCUGGAGCCCCCUCGCCGAUUCCCCCAUCUGCCCCCCUUUAUCCCUGGUGUUACGCUGAUUUCCUUCCCCAGCUGAUGAGCUGCCUCUCUCCCUGCUGGGCCCUUCUCCAGCAUCACUCGGGAGCCUUGCCUCCGCCUCUGGCUCCGAUGUCAGUUCCCUGACAAACUAUUUAUCAAGUAUAUCUUUGCAGCAAGGGUUCACAACUCAAAUCACCAAGACAGCCAUUUUUUAUGUUCAAUUUCUUGAAUUUUAUUCAUUACAUGUAUAACCUGUCUUUCUUCCACGAUGGAAGAAAUACCACACAGUAUUCUCAGAAAGUCUCCCAUCCAGUCAAUCACCAGUCUAUGACCUCCUUAGUUUCAGAAAGAUUUAUAUAUCAUGCAUCUUUAGACCAGCCUUCCCUAGCUUGGUGCUUUCAAGAUGUUUCAGACGGCAACUUCUAUGGCAGCAUGGCAGCUUUGGGACAUGUCUUGGGACCAUGGUUCUGGCCCCUACACAGGGAGUCUUGGUAGGCUACAAAUCAGGAUGAUUAUCAAACAUCUGGCAAGCCAUAAAGUGCACCCUUACAGGUCAAAUUAGAAUUGCCUUGGUGGAGCAGAGCAAAGUCCAUCCACCCUAUAAUUUUGUUUCCAGCAAAAGCAAGCCAACUACCUCUGGCAGCUAAUGAGCUGAGCAUGAUAUUGGUGUCAUUUAAUUGUUGUUUAUUGAGAGGAUCAGAUAUCGUUGCCUCUGUGUUCAGGUUCUAUUUAGUUAACAUAGUCAAUAGCAUCUGUUGUGCAGAGUUGUUUUAUGGGCAUAAUUCCAAACAAGCCAGUAGGGAAGAAUCGAUCAAAGGUCAGAUUGUAAUUAAUUACCACUAAGAAUUAUUUCCAGUGCUCUUUGUAUCUACUGUUCAAACACCAAAAUAAGCAUCUAUCAUAAAAACCCCCUCAUUCCUUUACACUUUAUAUUUUCUUUUCUAGUUACAGGAUUUGACCUGUGGGGUGCAGUGGUUGCAACAGGAGUAGUCUGUACCUUCUAUUGCACACUGGUAUGUUUAAAAUUCAUUUUAUUUUUGCAUAUAAAUAUUUUAAAAAUUGAAUGCAAAUUUUCAUAAAAUUAUUUGCAUCCCAUAAAAUUAUUUUAUAUAACACUGUGAAGGUCUUGCACCGGUGCCUGGAAGCCAGGAUGGGCUGAACCCUGACAAGACAGAGGUGCUAUGAGUGGACAGUUCUCAUUUCUGAGUAUUAGGUGGGCAACCUUUUUCUGGAGGGGUUGCUCUCCUCCUGAAGGAAGAGGUUCGUAGUCUGGUAGUACUCCUGGAUUCCAACCUGCCACUGGACUCUCAGGUAGCUUCAGUGGGCAGGAGUGCUUAUGCCCAGUUUAAGCUAGUUCGCUCAGUAGUCCAUUCUGUAGUGACUCCCCAUCCAGACUACUGCAAUGUGCUCUACAAGGGGCUGGCCUUGGAGACAGUUUCAAAGCCACACCAAAUGCAGAAGGAUUGGUGAGUGGUGGAGCCCUAUGGGAUCAUGUGUCAUGGGUCCUGAAAGUGCUGCACUGGCUGCUCAUGAGCUGUUAGGACCAAUUUAAAGUUUUAGUACCAGACCCAAAGUCUUGAAUGGCUGGAACACAAUUACCUAAAAGAGUGCCACCCAAGGCCUUAAAGGUGAUAGGGGAGGCUCUGUUGGUAGUGCUGUCUCUGGGUGCACCAAAGCUGGUGAUGCUGUGUUGCCUCCACAGCAGUGGAAUGGCUUGGUUAGAGAAGUGCAUUGAAGUUGUUAGGUCCUUCAAAACAUUAAUUCUCCGGGGGUGGGGUGGGGGUUCCCUUCUCUUCUCUUCUGAUACAUUUUAUUGACAAAGAAGUAAUCUAGGUUGUUUAUUAAUCUAUCUGUUUUUCUCCACAUAGGGUGGUCUAAAAGCAGUAGUUUGGACGGAUGUUUUUCAAGUUGGAAUCAUGGUAGCAGGUUUUACAUCUGUGAUUAUACGUGCUGUGGUUGUUCAACAUGGCAUUGAACCAAUUCUAAAUGAUUCCUACCAUGGAGGAAGAUUAAAUUUCUGGGAGUAAGUUUUUUAUUUGUUUCGGCUACAGUAUUACAGCAGAAUUUUGCAACUAAACCUUAAAUAUAUUAUUUAACUUAUGCAUCAUUGUAAUCAGUGUCAUUUAUUCUAGGUAUAUGCUUAGGGUAAGGUUAUUAGUUAUCUUAUAAAGCAUUCAUGAAUAAAAAAGUAGAGUUUUUUUGUGCAACAUAAACAAUAUAGAUAGUUAUUCACUUUGCAGAAAGGGAUCAUUUCUGCAUUUCUAAGAAGCUUUAAGGUUUGUUUGAGAACUGCUAUAAUUUUGUAUUACCCUUAACAAUGAAUGUGCUUGUGCCAAAACCUUAGACUGAAAAAAAUGUUUAAAAAAUCUGCAUUGAGUCAGGGAAAAUCUUGAAUAGGCCACACUGGAUGCAGUGUAGCAGACUAGCAUUAUCACUAUCUUACCAACACUACUAACUAAGCCUGUACAUUUCUGGUGAUGAGCAGGGAACUGUAGCUGAUAAAGCAGCAGCCUUGACAUUUCAUCAAACACAGAUGGAAGAGAGACUUAUUUGAAUGACUGAGCAUAGGGUUGACUUCAUUUCUGAGCUCACUCUGUGGUAGCAGAGCAAUCCUUCUUCUGUACCACCACCAUUGCAUCAGUGUAGUGUCAGUUGAUUUACUUCUUCCAAGUAAUUUGAGGUCUAGAAUAGGCGACUUCUCAGUGACUCAUUGCGACAGACACUUUAUAUACAUUAUCUUGUAGCCUCUACAUCUUGGACUCCAUGUUGAUUCCAGAGCAGUUUUCACUUCAGCUGCAGCAGUCUUAAUAUGUAUGUUCCUUGCAGCUGUGCUUUGAACCCUUGCCCAUCCUGGCUAUAUCUAGCUGGCAAGGUGCCUACUGAUUGCUCCACAAGUACCUUCUGAGUUCCUUCCAGGUAGUCGUCCCCAAGCUUAUGAGAGUGGCUGAGGUAGGCAGUGGCAGGAAAAAGUGACAGUGAAAGGGAACACUACAGCCAUGUGGCAUUUCUCCUUCCAGCACCAGGUCGCUGAAAGACGGGAUGGGGAUUGUGCUGGUCCAGGAGGGAUCAUUGCUCCUGUGACUAGCAAGUUUGCCAAAGAAGCCCAAGGUGGCACUUGGGGGAUGCCAUCUCACUUAAACAUCUCCCACGCAAACUCAUCAGGUAUGGGCAUGAUCUUGGCUGGGUCAACAUUCCCUGCCACCUUCAAUGACCUAGUGCUGAAAGGAGAAUCACUGGACUGUAUGAAUGCAUAGAUUGAAAAUGGGAUGCCCUGCCACCAGUCUAGGGUUGCCAUAUUUCAAAAAGUGAAAGUCCGGACACAAAAGUUGUUGAGCUUUUUUUAAAGGAAAAUUAGCAAAAACGACAUUGCUAACAUAGGUUUUCCUGAUUUCCGCCCAGACACUGCUUCUGACGUAUGACAGCACUACACCAGUCCAAAGCCACCAUGAUACAACCAAUGCUCUUAUUCAUAAGGAACUAUUGCAUCUUGCAUUAUGUAUUUCAAAUAUCGUGUGUGUGUGUUAUUUUGUAUUUAGUUGAGUUUAAUAUUUAACCAUUGUUAUUUCUUCAAUUUGCUUGAGAACUUGUGUAUAAAUUGAAUGUGAACAUGGAAAGAGUCUAAAGACCAUUUUUUCACAGUUUUAUUUCCCUCCCUUUAAUUUAGUUUUAACCCUGAUCCUUUGCAAAGGCAUACAUUCUGGACAAUUAUUGUAGGUGGGACUUUCACCUGGCUUGGAAUAUAUGGAAUCAACCAGUCUCAAGUUCAACGAUACAUUGCCUGCAAAACCCUAUUCCAAGCAAAGCUGUAAGUUCAUUAUUUUGACCGACUGGCAUAAUCUGUUCUUUGCAAAACGUUUCAAUUUUAAAUUGCAUUCUUGAUAUUAUGGGUUUAAAAAAUCUAGUCAUAAAAGAUAUAAAUGACCUGUUUUCUAUUUUGUGAACCUUGUCAAAAGCAAAUACACAUGAACAAUUAGAUUAGGGUAAAUUAUAGCAGUUUGUAGCUUUGUGUCUUUUUAAAAAUUGUAAAUGGUAUAAAUACUUGAACAUUUACAAAUACAGCUUACUCCUGUGCAGAGCCAUGCAAUAAUGAAUCUUGGUUUAUUAUAUGGACAACUCCAUCCAAAUUAUUACAUCAAAGGUUACUUACCAUUGCAUCCGCAACAACAUCAAUAAUAAUUAGCACCAAUUACCAACUGAUUUCCUUAGGGCUGUAUCCUAUGGUAUUGCUAAUGGUAAGGCUUCCAUCUAUCAGUUGAACAGGGAGGGAGCAGUUUUCAGCAAUUUCCACCUGCCCCACAGCUCCCAUAAUCUGUUUUGGAAGGUACCUCUAGAUCAUAUUUAGGGAGGUGUGAAGGCCAAGGGAGCUGGAAUUGCCAAAAAUUGAUUUCCUGUUUUCUGCUGACAAAAGCAUUAGCAUUGGAAAUAUAAUUAUAUAAAGGUGUAAAUACUUUACUAAAGUUCUAAAUACACACAUUUACUUUAAUUUUUUGAAAGGAAUUUUGUAACAAGUACCAGAUUUGCAACCUGUUUCUGUACAAAUUUAAGAUAGAACUAUGUUUCUUUUAUAAUGUUGAUUAUACUAAUAUGUGAAAAAAUGGGUGUAUAGACACCAAAAAAGAACGAUGCUUUUGACUUUCAAUAUUGCCUUGCUACUGAAGAAUGUUAGAAGAAGCUAAUUGCAAUAAGACCAGGCCAAGUCAAUUUCACCUUUUAAUUUGUUUAGGUAGGAUCAGGGUCAGUCAAUGCUGGAUCAUGACUAGUGCCAUGGUAACAGUAAGGGAAAAGUUGCUUUUGUUGCUUCACAGAAAUGACAUUCUUCACAUACUUGCUUAGAAUAACACUUUUAGAGAAAAGCUGUCAGGACUUCCUGUAUCUUAAAAUACCAUAAGCAAAGCCUGCCAACUGUACUCAGACCAGAACGCUAGCAAUUUAUACUAGAGUUUGAUUAAAAACAGUCGCUGGUUUCUGGAAACUACAGGAAGGGAUGCAACACCACUGAAAGAUAGAAAGUUGCUCCUGGUUGAUCUUAGAAAUAGAAAUGACAAAGAACAACAAUAAGUCAUUCAGUGUAUUGGACCCAAGCAGUUUAGCUAUAGUAGUUAUUGUGAAAAUAUGUAGGCUUGAAAAUGUGUAGGCAGUAUGUGGUGUCUGCUCAGCAAUCAGAGCAAGGCAUGAAUGGGAUUUUCAGAGGUGAGGCUCAGUAAAUAGAGGCUUUGCUUUAAAUGUACUCUUGAAUAAAUGGAAGGCACUUACAUUCCCAAUCCCCACCCAUUUCCUUUUGCACCCUGUCCCAGGGGUCUCUUGAUCUUCAUGAGUAGCUACUGGGGGCCAGGCGCACUGGGAGUUGGUAUGGGAAAGAAGAGGCAGGAGAGCCCUGUUCUCAGUAACAAAGCCAAUAUCUCUAUGAACAUGCAGUGAUAUCAGAGCAGCAAGGGCAAGCAGGAGCUCCUCCAAGUGACAUGUGACAGCUUGUUUUAGCGACAUGUACACAAACACGCACAUGAUUGAAUGUUUUUCAUUGCCUUUUUAGCUAAAUAAACCAGUAAGUACAUUGUAACCUAACUAAGGUUCUAUUUUCUUUGGCUGCCAAAGAGGAAGCGAGUUCAGGUACAGUGCAGCACACAAUUACACAAUACUAUAACUGUGAUUUACCAGGUAUUUCCCAAGAUUAAAAAUGUUGUUAUUUCCUCAUAGAUCUCUUUAUAUAAACCUCUUGGGACUAUGGGCAAUUCUUGCAUGUGCAGUGUUGUCUGGAUUAGCAAUGUACUCCAUUUAUAAGGAUUGUGACCCUUGGACAGCAAAAUGUGUUUCAGCACCAGACCAGGUUUCGUAUUUAACUUUCUAAUACAUAUAGAAUAUUAUCAUACAUAUAUACUUUAGAAGAGCAAAAGAAAGUACUGUAUUAGCAUUGUAGUUUUUGGUUUGACACAGAUGUGAUGUUGAGUACAUGGGCUUACUAGGUGAAGUCACAAGACCACUCAUUGGAAAGAAGGGCAGGGCCAGCCAAAUACAUUUUGCUGCCUGAGGCAAAGAGAAAAAAAUAUUUGCUCCUGUUCUCCCUACUCCAAGUAAAUCUUACUACAACAAUAGCAAUGGGAUAGUGUCCUUCAGCAUACCUGAAAGGACAGGUUGGUUUUGUUAUUUGGCACACAUAGUUCCGAUUUCUGACAGAAAGGAAUGGCCAAGAGGCUCAGGAGAAAUAGGUAGCUGCUGCUGCUGCUUCUCCCUACCAUUUGCUGCCUUAGGCAGUUGCCUCACUCUGGCUAAUGGUAGGGCCAGCCCUGAAGAAAGAAUGCCAUUACAUAUUUGGAGCCAGUGUCCUCAAAAGAUCUUGCAUAAUUCAAUACAUGAAUGAAUGCUAUUCUAGGUUCCAAUUCCAAUUUUGUACCUAACUUCUUGUGCCAGGAAAAAGUAUUUAAAUUGUAUAUGUAUUUAAGCUUAGAGAAAUGAUAAAGAAUGAAGAUAGUGAAAGUUACAAAAAUGUGGGGAAGACAAUAAAAUUGAAAUGAUUCUAUAACAAAAUUGAAAUGAUUUUAUAAUUUAUAUGUAUAUUGCUUUUUUCAGCUCAUGCCAUAUUUGGUAUUGGAUAUUCUACGCGAUUUUCCAGGUGUGCCAGGACUUUUUGUGGCUAGUGCCUAUAGUGGAACAUUAAGGUAAAUUAAUCCUGAAUCCAUUGGAGUAAGUGGAAUAUGUUCUCAAUGAAUUCAGAUGACUACAGUAACCUUUAUAAAUUUAAUCAGUGGAUUAAUCAAUAUAGGCUUCAGUCUUCUACCCACUUCCCCGAGAAUAAGGGAAUGCUUCUGGGAGAGAUAUAUCGGCUGCAAUCCUGUAUACUCACAUUCGGAAGUAAGCCCCACCUAACAUAGCUGGAUUUUCUCCAAGUAAAUAAAUAUAUAUAAAUAUAGGCAGUGCUUUUUUCUGGGAGUGCUCAAGGGUACACAGUACCCUCACCUUCCCCAAAUGUUAACAGUAUGGCACUUACUUACUGUAAUGGUGAGUACCUUUUCCCCCCUUUUCUUUCUUUCUAAAAGCGCUUAAUAUUGGGUUAAUUGAUGGGAGCCUAUUUCAGUUGGAGCAAGCUUAUUUUACUCGGUGUGGAUGUGAGCACUGAGAUAUUACUGCUGAUCUGUUACUGUUAAUAAGGCAAAAGUUGAUGAUACAGGAUUUGCAGAGAAAUAAAGCUGUUUUAUCAGCUUAACAUACAAAGAAUUGCCUUACUGAGAUUCCACUGAAACUUACGAUACCACUCAGAAACAAAAGUUUGUAGUUAUAGCCUCUCCUGAUAUCACCUGUAGAUCACAUUCACUGCUUCAUUAUUCUGCAAGUUAUUAAUGUGUUAGUGAAACACUAUUCUGAGCAGGUACACAAUUAAAAUGUACUAUAUUUCAUCUUCCUUAGUACAGUGUCCUCUAGCAUCAAUGCUUUAGCUGCUGUGACUGUAGAAGACCUCAUUAAACCUUAUCUCAGAUCACCCACUGAAAAGAAAUUAUCUUGGAUUUCUAUGGGGAUGAGUAAGUCUUUAUCUUUUCAAGCUUCAGGAGCCAAGUCUUUAUUUUCUUCUCAGAUAUUAUGACGUUUAUAGUUUCCAUUAAUGUUGAUAAAGUUAACAUUAUAUUACUCUAACAUGUUUUUAUAGGUAACUUUUAAAUAUAACUAAAGGAAUUUAUUUAAAUGAACUAUUAGAAUAAUCAAGGUGGUUGUAUUAUUGACUGUCUUACAGAAUUAUCUUGCUUCUUGCUAUUAAGCAGGUACACAAGCCUAUUCAUAUCACCUAUUAAAUAUAGUACAAUUGGCUGUACAAUCAGAAAAUUAAGCAAGCAGGGCUUGCAAGCAGAUAUUCAAUGCUGAAAUUUAGUAAUUUACAGUACAACACUAUGCAUAUUUACUCAGAACAGUGGCAGACUUUGGGCUUUGAAAUUUCAGCGGUGCCUUGUGCAAUGCCAAAAUUUGGUGCACCCCUACCUUCUGUUCUCAGUCAUUGUUGCAGCGCCCCCUAUGGCACCCUCUUGGCUCAGUGCCCCCCUCUGCUCAGAAGUAAGUGCCAUUUUGCUCAAUGGUGCAUCUGUCGGUGCCAUCUUAGGGGCCGUAGGCACUGGCAGAGGAAGAGGAGUGUGGGGGGAGUGCCCCGCCCCCAGCAGCGCAAUCCCCAGGGUGCCAUUGUGGCUGCCCCCCACCCUGCGGGCGUCGCCCUCCACCCCCGGGAUGUGUACCAGCCCUGCCCCCACCUGCUCUCCGCCCCCAGUGCCAGAGCAUGAAGCUCCGCCACUGGCCGUAGGAAGUGGUGUAUGUGUUGCUCUGUCAGCAAAGAUGAGGUCUGUUGAUGGGACAACACCUAUGUCACCCAAAGGCCAGCGUGAAUUACCUGUUGCCAGCAUUAUAUCAGUGGUGGUGUGGCAUGACGUCCCAGGGGCAUGGCAUGUUGGAGGGGCUAUGAAUCUGCAGGAUGCAGAACCCCUUGUUACCCUGACACAUUCAGAAAACGGACCCCAAACUUCAUUAUUCUUAGGGCUGCCAUUGUUAGAUUUUUGGGGUACAGGCCUGUCCUCUUGCAUUCUGUAAAGCUCUGUGGACAUUGAUGGUGCUCUAGUAAUACCAAAUAACUAAUAUACUAUUAUUAUUAUUAUUACUACUGCUGUUGCUGCUGCUACUAACAACUGCAGCAGCAGUACCAACAGGAGAUUGCAAUGGGCAUGAAGUAUAAUAUGGAUGUGAUAUGUAAAGGCAGCAUUAGUACACCAGGAUUAUAUCUAACAUUCCUGAAGUUUUGGAAUGUUGUUGCUUGUUUCCAGUGGGCACAGUAGCUCAUAUAGAUGAAUGUGUGGCUAGCACAAACUACUAGUUUGCCUCACUGCAGCAUUAGUGCAUGGCUGUCACUCCCUGACUGCAAAUUAUAGCUGUGCGAUGGUGGAUAGUGAAUCAUGAAAAUAUCAAGCAUUUAUAAAUCAUUUGAGGACAGUGAACUCAUCUAUAGACAGCAAUCUCCUUAGAGGAUUAGAUGAGGAAUGUAAAUGAUUCAUGUUGUGAACUUAACUACUAAUACUCUAAUUUACUUUGUAAGGACUAGUAUUUCAAAAACUUAAUUUCCAGUGGUGUCGCUUUGUAGGUUUUGAAAUGUUUUUAUGUGAUUUUUUCCCAAAGCAAACAAGAACAUGAUCUUUUGUGGAUUGUGAUUAUUCCUAGAUAUAAUCCUAGUUGUUUUGUUAUCAACCGUUGAUUUGCUAUCAAGAGUCAGUGAAACAAAACCCACAGGGCAAAACCUGCAGUGAGCGUUCUAUAAAUCUUGUGCAACACUUCUAUAAUUUUUAAUGGGUGCAAACUAAAUUCACGGUUCGUGGAUUGUAGGUGCAGAAUUCUGUAGGUGCCAUUUGACGUUUCUGUAUGUAUCACUCAUUUAGGUCUAUUAUAUGGUGGAGUGUGUAUUGCGAUGGCUGCCUUGGCAUCUCUUCUAGGAGGUUUGUUACAGGUAGGCGAUUAAUAAUUCCUCAGUUCACAUUAAUUGACUGGAAGAACAGGACAAACCAAUGGAUUAAGUUUUAUUCUUUAUACUCCAAACUGCUUACUUUGGCAAAAGCCUUAAAUUAGAUCAAGUAAUAUAAGAAAAUGGAGGACUGCAGCUAACUUGUUUUAAGAUUGCAAACUUAUAUUCAGUCUAGAGCACGCUACUUUUCAUUUCAUACUGGUGGGCCAAUGUAUCAAAAUCCAUGAAUGCUAUAAAAAGCGGAUACUGAAAUCAGUGGGACAUUACGAUAAAAGGCCAAACUAUAACAGUAGUAGAUUGGCUUUUAAAAGCCCCUUUUGAAUCUCCUAUUAUAUUCAAAUGGAUUUAGAACAAUUGGUCCAUAGUUACUAUGAUUAAGCUAAUUUAUUACAAAAGAAUGCACAUAACCAGCCGAACAGAUUUGUAUAAAAAUGGGGUUUUUUGCAAUGUUUUGGAACAGUAAGUUUAAUGAUAAUGUUCAAGCUUAUGUUACUUUCAAGCUACUGUAACACUCUUGAGUAUGUUUUCAUCUUCAGUUUAUUUCAUUCAUUCAUUCAUUUUUUUAAAAAAGGUAAACAAAAACUUUCAGGAGGGCUUGAUAGAAAGGGGCAAAGGGGCACUUGGCAAGAACCCUUUCCCUACAUGUCAUAUCCCUGCUCUAAAUCACAUGUCCCCUAAAUGGCUUUUGGCACCAAUGGUGGCUAAGGAAAGUUAAGCAUCACCUGUCACUUCCGAUUCUCUUUAUCAACUAUGCCUUCUUGAAGCAAUGUUUAACCUGUUACUUUCACUUGCAUACGUCAGCAGUGGUAUUUAUUCAGGAUGUCUAGAAAGUGAUUACAAGGAAGCUAAACAUUGGUUUUCAUUUUCUUAAUGUUCAGCAGCACUGUUUUUGAGGACUGAUAUUUCUAGUUUUACUCUUUCCUCAGGCAGCUCUCAGUAUAUUUGGCAUGGUUGGUGGACCUCUCCUGGGACUGUUUUCUUUGGGCAUCCUUUGUCCUUUUGCCAAUCCUGUGGUAAGUGUUCUUCCUGUAUUUUAUUUAUGACAGAAGAGCAGCCUGUUGUAUGUAUGCUUGUACAGAUGAAUAUAUGUAUCUAUUUUCUAUGCAACCUUUUUGAUCCCAAAAGGUCCCUAUGGUGAAAUGCAAAAUGAAUUUAAAUUGUAAACACACACACAAAUGAGCAAGCAAUCAAGCAAGCCAGAACAAAGGGAACAAAUAAGCUUACAAAGGUCAGGCUAACAAUAUCAGCAUUUAGCCUGAAAAACUUGUAUCACAUAUGAAGGAUUGCCUCUGCCCAGUAUACCUGAAGGAGCAUCUCCACCCUCAUCGUUCUGCCCGGAUGCUGAGGUCCAGCACCGAGGGCCUUCUGGCGGUUCCCUUGCUGUGAGAAGCAAAGCUACAGGGAACCAGGCAGAGGGCCUUCUCAGUAGUGGCGGCCGCCCUGUGGAACGCCCUCCCGUCAGAUGUCAAAGGGAUAAACAACUACCUGACAUUUAGAAGACAUCUGAGGGCAGCCCUGUUCAGGGAAGUUUUUAAUGUGUGAUAUUUUAAUGUAUUUUUAAUCUUUGUUGGAAGCUGCCCAGAGUGGUUGAGGAGACCCAGCCAGAUGGGUGGGUACAAAUAAUAAAUUAUUAUUAUUAUUAUUUGUCUUAGGUGUCUACAGCCCUAAAUGUGUGACUAACAGAAUGUGUAGUUUAACCCUAAGUGGAUUUCUUUCCUGUAUUUUGAAAUAACAAUGGAGCAUGGGGGAUAAUGUGGGUUGCUUUUAUUUCUCUCAUCUUUCCCUUUUCUUUAAAGUUUGAAUAAGAUUGAUCUUUCUGUUUUAUAGGGUGCAUUUGUAGGUCUCAUGGGGGGAUUUACAGCUUCCCUUUGGGUUGGAAUUGGAGCUCAGAUAUACCCUCCACUUCCCAGUACUGCCAUGCCAUUAAAUCUUUCAACGGUAGGCUGCAACAUAAGCACCCUAGGCACAGAAAACUACUGGAAUGGCUCCUUAGAAACUCAAGCUAAUGAGAGGUAAAUAGUAGAUCUGUCAAAUGUUAUUUGUUACUGACAAAUGUUACUGUUAUUUGCCCAACAGCAUCUGAUCAAAAUGCAAUCACAUUAGAAGUUUUUUUCUGUUUGCAUUGUUGGGAGGCGAAUAAGGACUUUGUUUUGCAAAUCACACACACAGAAAAUGCUGAGCUUUUGUUUUCAUAUGUUACUACUGCAUUUAUCUCAUAUAUGUACAGUAAACCUUAAGAGCGCUUAUCAUCAUCAUCAAUAAUUAAAAAGAGUAAGAUAAUUAAAAACAGUUAAAAACACAAAUACAACAAAUACAUUUAAAACAAGACUAAAACCCUAACAAGUGGACAUGCAUAGUAAAGACCCAUUUAUCCAGUUGGAUAAAGCCUGUUGGAUCAAAAAUGUAUUCAAUUGCUAGGUUUUGACUGAAGUCUUUCUCUGGAUGUUCAGUUUUGAUUAUUGGAUAUUGUUGAUGUUUAAUUUGUAUUAUUUAUCCCUGUUUGAAAACCUCUUAACAACAAUAUUUAAAUUAAAUAAGGAAUAUGUAUCAGUUUCCAUUUUCAGAUUUACACUGUAGAAAAAUAACAAUAUAUCUAUCUGUUUCCCCCCUGCAGACCUGCUAUUGCAGAUUAUUGGUAUUCCUUAUCUUAUCUGUACUUUAGCACAAUUGGAACCCUGGUCACAGUUGCCGUGGGAAUAGUUGUCAGCCUUUCGACAGGUAUGUUAAUUGGUUGUGAUUUUAUUGAAGUAAAGAUUAUUUUCUAAAAAAAACCGAACUCUCGCAUCUCUAUAUAAACAGCUCCUUCAGUUAGCUAAAAAGAAGGCCUUCUACCAAGUGGACUGACAAAGGUAGAAUGUCUCAUCGCUCUUUUGUCCACUUGCUGAGUUUCCAUUGUGGCACAGAAGGAUAUUUCAUUUCUCUGCAGGUAGCAUAGCAACCAAGCAGGCUGCUAGAUGACAGACCUUUCUGAUUCAGCUAGGGAUGGAAGAAGGCCUCAUUUUUCCAUUUGCUCUGUAUUUGUCACAUGCAACACUGUUUCUGUUGCUCUGCAGUUCAUCUUUCACCCAAAACUGCAUUAUUUGUUUCAUUGAUAUGGUGAAAUUGGGUAAAGUAUGUAAUUUACAUAAUUACUUAAGUUACAUUGUCAUUUCAUUAUUCCACUUCAUUAAUUUCAGUGCAAAGGAAAAGCAAUGCAAAUAGAGGAAAAAUAUGUAAUUACAAGUCUUUUGUGAACUAAAAGAAACAACAGCAGCAAAUACUGAUAAUUUUUGAAGGAUUUAUUUAUUUUCUGCAUAAGCGAACACUGGCAAUUUCCACUCCAGUUUGUUUUCAUCAGAAUUCUCUGACAAUCCUUGUUUCAGCUAGCCAUUACUCUUGAUUUGGUUCUUGCCUAAUCUGUUAUGUUGCUGUUUUUUGUUACCUGUUAGUGUUUAUAACUUUUAAAGUUACUGUUUUAUUCAUGUAAAUCACAUUGGAUGUCCCUGUUUUAAACAGAAAGCCAAGGUAUAUAUAUAUUUCAAGAAUAAAUUAAUUUUAUUUAUAAUUUAGUAAUUUUAUUUCUAUCCUAGCUUUCCUCCAAGGAGCUCAAGGCAGCAUAUAUGGUUCUCCCCCACAUAAACAUUAUUUGUAAUAAUCUCUGUGCUUUGGAUGGGCCUCUUUAUCCGGGCUGAGAUUUUCAGGACCACUCUAUUUUUGUGAUUCUAUCUUUUGUAAAUUAUUGUUAAUGUUGCAUUUUAAAUUGCUGUAAGCUGCACUGGGGGCUUAGGGUGAAGUAUGGGUAAUAAAUUAAAGUAAUAAUAAUAAUAACUACUAAUUGGAUGUUUUUCAGGAGGAUUACGGCAGAAUGUGGAUCGGAAAUUCAUGCUCACCAAAGAGGACUUUUUGUCUAAUUUCUCAUUUUUGAAACCUAAACAAGUAAGUUUAGUUUUCUAUUUCAUUCUUCUUGGGCAGUAAAAGAUCCAUGUUUAAUAGGAUCUACAUUUUAUCCUAGUAAGAUGGAAUGGAAGAGAAUGAAGUAACCAUGGCUGGUUACCUAGCUCGAACCCAGAACCAGGAGGACUUAACAUUGCAACAUUUUACUAAAGUUCCCACUGACAUUCUUAUAUAGCUCAGCAAAUAUACUGUGCCAUGAAUGUUCAUAAGCAGGUGUUUUCUGUAUCAGAUACAUGAUGUAAUUUGGACAUUAUAUUUCAACAUUAUAUGUAUUGAUUUUCAUGUGAUAUCUUUAUUUACAUGCAGAGUAAUGCAAAGGUGGGAGACGGGGAUAACCAAAGGCAAACAAACCACCCUUUCCUGUGCCCAGCGGCACUCGCUGUGACUGAGUGGAAAGUGUGCAUAUUUAGAAAUAGAGGGAGCUGUCUUAUGCCAAGUCUGAGGCUGGUUCAUCUAGCUCAGAAUUGUUUCUCAGCCAUAUCUGAAGGCAACAAAGAUUCAACUUGGGACAUUUUGCAUGCUAAGCAUGUGCACUACCAUUAUCAAGGCCAGACCACCCAUGGGGCAAGUAGAAAAUCCACAAGCAGAAUCCACUGGGGCAGUUGAUUCCAGAUGUUGAUCUUUCUUCCCCCCUUGUUCUUGAUGUAGAUCUUCCCUCAUUUCUUCUCCCCUUAUGGGUAGAAGACUGCCAUUUUGGGGUCUGCCUCGGGUGUCAGGGGAGCCCUGACCAUGAAGCUGCAUUUUCCCCUCCUAUUGCUUCUAUUCAUUAAUGGGAAGGAAUUAAACUGCCUCAGUUUGUCCCCCACUGUCAAGGGAAUGGAAGGGCAUUGGACCUUGCAGAUCCACAGUGUCCUGGCAUGACCCCAAGAUGACCUCUUUUUGUACUGGCUACAGACUUUUUCCACAGCCAUAUGGAGGAGUCCUGAAAAAUCAGAUCCAAGAUAAUAUUUUCCUGCCAUCAGAGAGGGAGACUUGAUGCCCUCCCAGGAAAUAUUCUUUGUGAAACCUGGGAAGACCUUGAAGUGUGGAGUUCAUGUCGUACUGUGUUUAUAUUUGUAAAAAUAUUUCUGUGUUAGCUGUAAUCAUGUAGUGAGCAAGUUGUCAGCAGCACAGUGAACCAAACAGUACUGCUAGACAUCUGGAGAAGCAGGAGAAGGCCAUUUUUGCUUUGUCAUGUGUCCAUGAAGUGAACACCUGUACACAGUAUAUCAUUAGAUAGUAGCAAUGCAGGAAAUUGUCAUGUGGCCCACUACAAAAACAUAUAAGGAAGAAAUACAAAGGAUGAGCUUAUAUAUGGCCAUAAUUUUCCUGUGUAGGUGAAAAUAAAUCAAAACAAAAAACCACCAAAAUGCGUAUGUCAUAUAGAAGAUUAUGUAAGGAGUUUAUUGCCAUGAUUAUACAAAAUUUGGAAGAGAUAUCAAACCACAUGAAAGAAAUUUAUACCCUAUCUAGUGAGUUUGUCAAAAGUUUAGUUGGUAAAAAUAUUGAAGAUUCUUCAAAUAUAUUUAUUUACAGUAAUCAUAAACAGGUGUUGUAUGGGGCUCCAGUGUUUUUCCAUCAAAGACACUGAUCAGGCUCAAACCAUUGUUAGUUUUAACAAUGGUGCAGGCAACAUGAGAUGCUCCUAGGCCAAUCCAUGUGUCUAAAUAUGUAUAUUAUUAAAGAAACAGCUGUGGCAGUGUGGUACAGAAAUAUCUUUCUUAUGAGAAUAUUCUUGCUUUAGUGUAAAAUGGUAUAUCGGAAUUACAUAAGGAACCAAAGCUGCUAAAGAAUGAUCUGUAACAUAACCCUUUGGGAAAGUAGAACCUGUCAAACAAGUUUCACUAACAGUAGUUUUGUGCAAUCCUUUUUGUUGCAAAUAAAUCUACUAGGCUUCCUUGUCUAAUCCACCAACAGAAUUAAAACAGAGAAAUAGCUCUCUCUAGCGGUCAUAUAUCUUAAAGCUCAUGCAAAGAGUCUAUUAUUAUGUCAUCUUUUCUCACAACUGUUGGCCUGAAGAAUAGAAGUAAUUUCUUUUUAUGCCAGGUGAAAAUAGUGUCCGGGUGGAAUUUAGGAAAAUAGAUUGUUUGCCUAAAAAAAGCUCAGCUUUUGUGUCCUGAAUUUAACUUCUAGAAAUAGGGCAACCCUAUUUUAUGUUAUUUGUACCAGUGUUUCUAAAGCAAUGGGAAGGGAAGGGCAGCUUUACAGCAACUUUCAUCCAUAAUGGGUGACGACAAAGAUCCUUCUAUUUUCUCAAGAUUUAAAACGUAUUGUUAUUUUAACGUAGUGUAAUUUAUUAUAUUUUAUUUUGGUUGCUGCAUUUUAUUAUGUUUUUGUAAAACACCCUGGAAGCAUAGGAAGGACAUAAAUCAUUAUAUAUUUAUAACGAAAGCUUUACUCCUCAAAGUAAAAUACUAUUUUUUUUCCAGGAUGAGAAAAUCAAAGUUUUAAACUGGAAACCAUUCCCUGUGACAGAUGAAGGAACCGACAAUCCAGCUUUCAAUCAUAUUGAAAUGGAUUUCACAGAUAGUAAAGAAAAAGUGAACGGUGCUCAUAUAUGAAAAUCAUAUUGGACUCCUCAUUGAAGAUGGCAGCUACUUGACAUUUAUGCUUAUGAAUGGAGAAUAAAAUUUAACUAAUGACCCCCCCACCCCACAAUAGUCAUUACUACUGUGAGACAUUUUAUUUGCCCACCCUAUCCAGGACUUUGAACAAAUCCUACCUGAACUUCACACCAUCUUGAAGGAAGUAAUAUAUUGGACAAUAUGUAACUGAAAAAAGUGGAAGUACUGAGAAGCAAAUUUUGGAAAUUAAAAUGUAACUCAAUAUGCAAUGAGAACUGACUUGUGGAUAUGCCUGACCAUUUCACUUACCUACUUCAGGUUGCAGUCUUGUGCACAAUUACUUGGGAGUAAGCUUCAAUAACCGAGUGUUAUGGUAGCAUCUUCCACAAUGUGCUACACUCCAGAUUUUGUUGUCUUUUGUAUGCUAUCCCCUCCUUUUCUCUUUUGCAUCCUAUUACAUUCAUUCUGCUGUCUUGGUAAACUACUUCUUCCCUCUUUGCCUUGUACUUUCAACCUUUCUGCCAUAAUCCACACAAUUUGAUAUUCUCCAGAUGUCCCCCCUGCACAGGUGAAAACUGCCCCAAUUCCUCUUAUCAGUGCUGCCAUUACAUAUUUUGCUGUUACAACAUUAGCAUUCAAUGCUUCUAAAAAGAAGUCUAAUUCUACUUCUUCAUCUUAAGAAAAUAAGCCUUAUUCAUUAAAAUCCCUUUUUAUAACCUUCAUUCUGUUUGUCCUCCUC